AUGCCUGGACUAACAACCUAUCCGCCCUUCCCAGACGACAUCCCUACGUGUCCCCUAUUGAUUGUUGAUUAUGAGCUGGUCAAGGCCGGAGAUGAGGAAGAGAUCAACAAACUGUGGAAGGCUGCGACGGAGCUGGGCUUCUGGUACUUAACGAACCACGGCGUGGAUGAGGUAGACGACAUGUUUGAGAUGGGUCGUGAGACCAUGGCCCUUCCGCUAGAGGAGAAAAACAAGUUCGAGCAAGGAGAGCACGGCGGUUCCUUUGGCUACAAGGGUGCAGGUGUUCAAAUCAUGGACGACCACGGCACGCGCGACGUCACUGAGUUCAUAAACGUCGCCAAGGACGACGCGCUCGCCUGGCCCGCCAUCGCGCACCGCACCUAUCCCGCGACCGUGAACGCGCGCAUGGACUCCACCAUCAAGCCUUUCGUCCAGAAGUCUAUGGAGAUCAACCACUUCCUCAUUGAUGUUCUAAACGACAAGCUCGGCUUGCCCAAGGGAACGCUCGCGGAGUUUCACAAGGCCCACGAGCACAGCGGGUGCAUCGCGCGGGUCAUCCGUGCUCCUCCGCACCCUGUACCAGAGGAGAAACUGUUCCUGACAGCGCACACGGACUAUGGAUCACUGUCGUUCCUCCACAACCGUCUCGGCGGUUUGCAAGUCCUCCCGCCGGGUUCCGAUAAAUGGCUCUACGUUAAGCCGCUUCCCGGCCAUGGGAUCUGCAAUGUCGGUGACGCGCUCAACAUCUUCAGUGGCGGCAUUAUCCGCUCGAACAUCCACCGCGUUAUCCCUCCUCCGAAGGACCAAGCGCAGUACGAACGCUGGUCCCUCGUGUACUUCACACGCCCGAACGACACUGUUCACCUCCGACACCAGGGUGUGAAGAGCGCAAUGAUAGCUGAGGCUAUCGCGAAGGCGCCCGCAGGGAGGUACGAGCCAGGAAUGACGGCGGCCGAAUGGCUCACCAGGCGAAUUCGGUCGCAGCGUGGUGCUUAUUACAAUGACCCGGAGAGCAAGAAGGAUAGGCGUGGCACCGAGGAUACAGCUAUUCCCGGAGUUGGGUAUGCUUGAGAUUUCCC